AAGAACUUGGUGGUGAGAGGGAUGAUCAAGACGAACAACUAGAGGACGCUGAAAACUUUUUGUUGGGGUGAUGACGGAUAAAAUAAAACAUUCCGUGUUUCUAUACUUUAUUGACUUUUUAUGACUCAUUGUAUCUUUACGGGUAAAUUGAAUUUUUAGAUGGUUAAUUUUAUUUUUAUAUGUGCUUAUAUAAAUACUUUAAUAAAUAUUUUAAUAUUUUGAUACUUUAAUUAACAAGAAAAUAAAAAUAUUAGAAGAAUGAAAGUGUCCGAAAAAUUUUAUUUCAAAAAUUUUUAAAAAUUUCUCAAAAUUAAAUUUGUUUUAAAUGAAUUUUUUAUUGUUAAUUCAAUUUUUUAUUUUAAUUGAGUUAAAUGUCAGUACAUGUAUUAAUGGUGGCAGAAAAGCCAAUAUUGGCUGAAUCUAUUGCAAGAAUUCUCUCAGGUGGAAAUUGUGAAACUCGAAAAGGUUCGAAUGGUGCUUGUUCAAUUUCAACGUAUAAAGGAAGGUUUAAUAAUUUAUCAGCAAUAUUUAAAGUUACUUCUACUUGUGUUGAUUUUCCUGGUAAAUUUAAUGCCUGGCACAGAACUGAUCCUGCUGAACUUUUUACUUGUCCAAUUGAACAUAUUGAGGCAAACCCAAAAUUAAGAAUGCCUGCUUUUCUCGCUUCGGUAGCGAAAGGUUGUGAUUAUUUGGUUCUUUGGCUUGAUUGUGACAAAGAAGGUGAAAAUAUUUGUUUUGAAGUAAUUGAUGCAGUUCAAAAUUCUAUGAAGUCUUCAAGAUCUAAUGAUUUUUUAAAUGUUGUUUAUAGAGCUCGUUUUUCUGCAGUCACAGAAAAGGAAAUAAGGGAUGCAAUGAGAAAUUUAGUUCGACCCAAUCUCAAUGAAUCACUUUCGGUUGAUGCUCGUCAAGAAUUAGAUCUUCGAAUUGGUUGUGCCUUUACACGUUUUCAGACGAAAUUUUUCCAGGAAAAGUAUGGAGAUCUCGACUCAAAUUUAAUUUCUUUUGGUCCCUGCCAAACCCCAACACUCGCAUUUUGUGUUGUUAGACAUGAUGAAAUUGUUAAUUUCAAGCCCCAGCCUUAUUGGCUUUUACAGGCUGAAAUUGAAUUGCCUGGAGGAGGGAGAACAUUGAAAUUGGAAUGGGCACGAGAUCGUCAAUUUGAUAAAAAUGCUGCUCAAUCUUUUCUUAAGAAGAUAAAGAAUGCUAAACAUGCAACAGUCGUCGAAAUUUCUGACAAAGAACAUAAAAAAGAAAAGCCAGUAGCUCUUAACACUGUUGAAUUAUUGAAAGUUGCUUCUAGUUAUUUGGGUCUUGGACCUUCUAGUGCAAUGUCUGUAGCUGAAUUUUUAUAUACUCGUGGAUAUACAAGUUACCCACGUACUGAAACUACUGCUUAUCCUGAAUCUUUUGAUUUUACCUCCAUUUUAAAACAAAUUGCAAUUAUUCCUGAAUUUGCUGCUUUUGCGCUAAAGAUUAUGCAAAAUGGCAUCUCCAAACCAAGGGCCGGUGUUAAUAAAGGAGACCAUCCACCGAUUACUCCCCUCAAAGCAAAAGAUAGCUGGCUUAGUGGAGAUCAUCUACGCAUAUAUGAAUAUAUUGUACAACAUUUUUUGGCAACUUUAAUGCCUUCAUGUAAAUAUUUGACUAAAACUAUCAAAUUUUCUAUUGGAGAAGAACAGUUUUUGACUCAUUCUCGUGUUGUUACAGAGCCAGGAUUUACUGAAUUGCUUACUUGGAUGGCUGUCUCACAAGAUGAAACUUUUGACCAAAUAAAGAAAGGACAAAAUUUUGAAAUAAAAGAAGUAAAAAUGGUUGAAAGAGUGACAACACCUCCAGAAUAUUUAACAGAAUCAGAACUUAUAUCUUUAAUGGAAAAAUAUGGAAUUGGAACGGAUGCUUCAAUUCCUACUCACAUUAAUAAUAUAUGUACUAGAAAUUAUGUUAAGAUAGAAACUGGCCGUAAAUUAGUUCCAACAAAAUUGGGUAUUGCCCUAAUCCAUGGCUAUCAAAAAAUUGAUGCAGAUUUAGUUGAGCCAACAACGAGGGCAAAUGUUGAGAAACAGUUGAAUUUAAUUGCAGAGGGAAAAGCAGAUUAUAUUGCAAUGAAAAGUCAAACUUUGGAUAUGUUCAAACAAAAAUACGAAUAUUUUGUAACAAAUAUUAAAUUGGAGCAAUAUCCUGUUCCUUCUGCCAAAGAUGCUUCUGUCCGCCUCCAUGGCGAGCAUUUAUGUCCAAUUGAUGGAUUUGAGAUACUCUAUUUUCACCCUGCUGGAGGGAAGCUGGCCAAGUCUUUUGCAUUUUGCCCUCAUUGUUACAACAAUCCACCUUUUGAAGAUAUGCGUGGAAGGCAUCCAGGCUGUAAUGAAUGUAGUCAUCCAGAAUGUCAACAUUCUUAUAUGUUUGCUUUUGUUAUAAAAAUAUUUUUUAUGUUUUUUAGAACUCAAGGAGUACUCCAAUGUUUAACUAGAUGUUUUGGUGGUAGAGGAACGCUUGUACUUGAUCCUCAAUCUGGACCUAAAUGGAGGCUCUCGUGCAAUAAAUGCCCUGCUGUGGUCAGCAUUUUUGAAGGUGCUGCGAAAUUGAAAGUAAUGGAUAGAUGUGAAAAAUGUGGUGCUAGAAAGUUGUCUGUAGAAUAUAAGAAUGCUAAAACUUCCAAACUCCCAGAUCAGGCUUGCAAUUUUGUUGGAUGUGCAUUUUGUGAACAACAUAAUUUGGGAGAAUGCGUUAACUUUCGACACGCUUUUUUAGACAAGGAACCAAAUAUCGGUGGUAGUCGUGGUACAAGAGGAAAUCGAGGAGGGAGGGGGCGAGGAAGAGGUAUUACAACCAACAGAAGCAAUUCUUCAAAUCGUGACGUCUCCUCAAGCCGUGGGGGUGUUAGAGGGAGAGGAACUCGAGGACAAAGUAGAGGAACGAGCCGCGGAAGGGGCAUGAGAGGAGGUAGAGGGAAUUAA